AUGCUGGACAAUACUAAUCGAAAGAUGUCAACUGAUGACUCCCAUGAGGAGUCAUUACCCAGAUACUCUUAUGAUGAUGAUACCGCUACUGCUACUCCUUAUGGACAAGAAGAGAAACAACACUUGUUGAACGAUGAUGAAGUAUUGACUGACACUGAUUCGUAUGCUGAUGAAAAGAAGUUGUUGCAAAACAGGGAUGAGAUUGUUGAUUUGGAGGCAAACACUACAGAGAAGCCGCAAUCUACCUCGCAAAAGCUUCCAAUUGAUCUUAUUGCUUUACUUUUGAUUAUCAGUUGGACAUUGUUUCAAACUUUUGCAUCGCAUUACUUGAGAGAUACAGCCACUUCAGUCACUAGUCCAGAAGAUAUAGUUGAGCUGAUGAACGGAGACAAAAUCCCACAUCCUCAUUCGUACUUUAGAAAUAUUUUAGACUUUGUCCAAACUGAACAGGAAAAUGGAGAAGCUGACUCUGUUUUGAAGAAACCAAAGCCAAAAGAGAUUAUUGAAGUCACAAACCCAUUUGUUCCCAGUCCAAGAUAUGGCAAGCCGGUGUACAAAACAGUUUUACUCAAUCACACCUUUGCUAAUUCCUAUAACCACCCCAAAACAGUCAAGUUUUCCAUUCCAAAGAAACACAAGUUCAAUAAGGUUGUUCUCACUUUAUUCACUGAAGUAGAUGGUGUACAAUAUGACAGAUUGGGUAACAUUUUCAUCAAUGGCGCACAAGUUUGGAGAACAUCAACUAUUGAACCUGGUAAACAAAAAGUGUUUAGUGUCUUCAACAAAGACGUCUCGAAAUAUGCAAAAUUGUUUGAAGGAGAAGACAAUGAAGUAUUGUUUGAAUUGAAUAAUCUUGUCAAUGACAGGUUAACUGGCGCUUUCAAUGUCACUUUGGGUGCACAGUUCUACAAUGUUGAGCACAAGAAGCAUCAUAAACAACAACAACAUGAUGAUGAUUAUGAUAAUGACAAUGUUGGCAAAUCGGAUGCGGCUGAGCAGUUUUCGGAUGGAGAGGUUGGGCUGUUCGAGUUUGUGCACUCAGCGGGUUCAAACUGUCAUGGCAAGGAUGGCUCAUUAAUUGGAAGAGUUGGAACUACCAAGCCUUUAAAGGGUAAAGAUCACCAAUCUCACAAGGGUGCACAUGCAGAAUCUGACUCCGAUUCGGAUUCCGACUCAGAUGAUGAACUUGAGAAGCAACAUACAUCGAAGAAGCAUGGCAAACACCACAAAUUCGAUGCCAGCCACGACACAAAGGAAUGGAAACACAAGUUUAGAAAAGGAGGUGUAAAACAUCAUGAAUUGGAAGGGCACAAUAGUCACGGUCUGAAACAUGAUGGUCAAGUUCACUUGGACGACGAGCAGAAACAUAAAGAGACUGAGCCUAAACCAUCUGAUGAGCCUAAAAAACCGAAACAUCCAAAGCUUCCAAAACAUCCAAAGCUUCCAAAACAUCCAAAACAUCCCAAGAAGCCUGAACCACCGCAUGAGUCCCCAAUACGACCUCCUAACAGAUAUGGCCAUCUUUUCAAAAUCAACAAACCCGCUGACUCGAUCCAUCCAUUGACUGUUACUCAUGAAAAAGGUGAGGCGCCUGUUGAGUACCUUUCUUCAAAGAGGCUUGCGGUCAAACUACCCAAAGUUGCUAAAAACACUACUCGUUUACAACUUUCCGUUUUCACUUCAGGUAAUGCUGCUGAAGAGUUUUGGUACACCAAUGUGCUUGACAAAUUUAAGGACAUUUUCGAAGACGAAGGUAAUGAAUUUAUCGGCAAGGGACCACUUCGAAUUAUCAAUGUCUACUUCAAUGGAGAAAAAAUUGCUGCUCAAACACCAGAGCCGGUGAUAUUCACUGGUGGCAUUUCUCCAGCAUUGUGGAGUCCAAUUGUUUCCAAUUCAGCAUUUGAUGUACCAUCCAUUGAUAUUGAUGUGACUCCCUUGUUACCGUUCCUUUGGGAGCAUCAAGGAUUGGGAGAACAAACUUUGGAGCUCGAAGUUAGCAAUGGAUUGGGUGAAGUUGGCAUCACCAAUUACACUUCUGUCAAUAGUGAUUGGAUCACAUCUGCCAACUUGUUGGGUUUCCAGCACCCUGAUGUUGUUGAUUCUUCGGGAGCAUUGAUUAAUGUUGACCAUCAGAAUAGGGCACAUGCUGUUCCAAUUGCAAUUCCAUUCACACAUUCCUUCCAACAACUUGUUAGCGGUAUCUUUUCAGCUCAAAUUGUUAGUACAUUGAGCUUCAAAUUGAAAGGUGACAAGACAUUGAAUACCACAUUCAGCUCGUAUUCAAAGGGUGAAAUUUCAAACAUACAACACUAUGGAAGGGAUGGAGAUUCGCAGGCACUUGUUCAUGUUGGUCAUUCGUCAAGUUCUUUUAUUGUAACAAACAAUGACGAGCCUGACGUUCCUGCUCCAGAGUCGCUUCACCACUCCAAGCACGGUGCAAUCAAGCACCAUCACAGGAAACAUGAGUUGCCAUUCAACACCAUCCACACGGUAAACACAUCGUACAGCUACCCAUUGAUUCUAUCAACACAUUUGAAGCACAAGGAAGUUGGUAAUGAUGGUGAUUAUGAAAUUGAGUAUGACGUUGGACUUGUUGAUACUAAACAUGUGGAUGUGCAUUUUGAUGGAAAAUUUGGUCACAUUGAGUUGAAACAAAAACAAAAUGGUACUUCAACAUUUGUUUUGUCAGGCAAAGGUAAUCAUGGAUUUGGUAGUUUGACUGCCAAGUUUAAGGAGCAAGUUCAAUUUGGAUCUUUCAAGAAGGGGUUGAGUAGAAGAGUCGAUGCUAUUAAUGGAACCAUUGUUUACGAAGGGAUACAUGUUGAUCCUAAAGGAAAGCAUGGAGAGAAUGGUAAACAUGGUAAGCAUGGUAAGCAUAACGAACAUGAUAAUGGAAAGAAGCACCAUCCAAAGUCAAUUUUGGACAUCAUUCAUGCUUUUGUUGCUCGCUUGAAGUCAUGUCGUCGUGGCGCCACAAAGGCUGUUGUCGAUCCCGUACAUGAGUUGAUUGCCACUUACAAGCAAAGUGGAUUCAAGGACAAUCUUUCCAGCUUAGUUGAUCAAGCCCUUUUCUCUUUGGCCAAGUAUGAACCAACUGGGCUUGGCGUUGAUACUAAAAAAGAAAAAGAAAAACUCUAG